AUAGAAAUCAUGCAUCUGGGCUUGCUGCGUUCUGUUACUUUCUUAAUGGGCAUUUUCCGUUAACGGUUGGUGAUGGCCGCCAGCUUCAACCGCAAGGACCGCUCGCCGGUCGGGACGCUUACAUCAUUCCAAGUAAAAGACAGCUACGCCCCACCGACUUUCAAAUUCGGGCCAGGAAGGAAAUUACCCAGACCAGGAGAGGGCAUUAUCGUCACCAAGAAAAAAACGCAGCACAUUAAAAACUUCUUUUUAAAAACACUCCUGCGGUUUCGCAUACGUCUCUCUUGUUCCCCGAGGAGGUUGCCUGCGUCCGUACCCCUUCGUUACCUCCUCCUCCUCCUCCUGGGACUCUCUCUCAAUCUCUCUCUCCGAAAUGGCGUCCGAGAUCUUUAACGACAAGAACGCUGUUUUCAGAAAGCUGAAAGCCAAGUCUGAUAACAAGAUGUGUUUUGAUUGUAAUGCGAAGAAUCCAACUUGGGCGUCGGUUACUUAUGGGAUUUUUCUCUGCAUCGAUUGCUCGGCCGUCCAUCGCAGUCUUGGGGUGCACAUCAGCUUCGUGAGGUCUACCAAUUUAGACUCAUGGAGUCCUGAACAAUUGAAGAUGAUGAGCUUUGGCGGAAACAACCGUGCACAGGUUUUCUUUAAGCAGCAUGGAUGGACUGAUGGUGGUAAAAUUGAGGCAAAGUAUACAUCAAGAGCUGCUGACUUGUACAGACAACUACUUGCCAAAGAAGUAGCUAAAAGUGCUGUGGAAGACACGGGUCUGCCAUCAUCCCCUGUUGUUUCUCAGUCUGCACAAGAAGCUAAUGGACUUCCUGAUAUCAAGAUCAAUGAAAUUCCAAAAGAAACUUCUGUAGGAAGGCAAGAAAAAACUGAUAUCUCUGCUUCACCGAAAGCCUCUCAUACAUUUGUUACCAGUUCUGUCAAGAAGCCUCUUGGUGCAAAAAAAACUGGAAAGACUGGCGGUCUUGGUGCUCGAAAGCUCACUACAAAGCCAAGUGAAAAUCUAUAUGACCAGAAACCCGAAGAACCACCCGUAGUGGUUUCUGCCUCAACUAAUAACAGUUCGACUGUGGGCUCGUCCUUCCCCUCUCGCUUUGAAUACAUUGAAAAUGUCCAAUCUUCUGGGAUGAGUUCUGGUGGCACAAAUGUUAUUAGCCAUGUCUCUCCACCAAAGUCAUCAAGUUUCUUUGCAGAAUUUGGGAUGGACAGUGGUUUUCAGAAGAAAGCAAGCUCAAAUUCCUCAAAAGCACAAAUUCCGGAAACUGAUGAAGCAAGGAAGAAGUUCUCAAAUGCGAAAUCUAUUUCAUCUGCUCAAUUCUUUGGGGAUCAGAGCAAAGCUGGUGAUGUUGAUGCCCAAGCUUCUUUGCAGAAGUUCUCAGGUUCAACGGCCAUUUCUAGUGCCGAUCUCUUCGGUCAUGAUAUGGAUAAUUCCGCCCUUGAUCUCAGUGCAAGUGACCUCAUCAACCGCCUCUCUUUUCAGGCACAGCAAGAUAUCUCCUCUCUUAAGAAUAUUGCAGGGGAGACGGGGAAAAAGCUCAGCUCCCUGGCAUCCACUUUGAUUACGGAUUUUCAGGACAGAAUACUCUGACUGAUUAUUAUAUUUCAGGGUGUGCUCAGAAACAUCUGGGGCGGUUUGUUACUAUACAAGCCAAUAUCUUGUGUUUGUAAAGCAGUCCACAAAAAAUUUUCCCAAAGAUUAAAAGAAUAACGAUUUUAGAACAUUCCUUGGCUUAUUAUAUCGUGACGUGACAUGUUGGCGUUAGCUUAUUUUGUAGCCACAAUUAUUCUCCUAAGAAUUAAUAUAAUUAUGUUUGUAGUUUUCUUUUCACAAUCGUCUUUUCUUGCUUGUAAUCCAACAUUUUGGAUAUUGGAAUUUGAUUGAUUUCAUCACAAAAGAGUUAUGUGAUGUUUU